GUAUUACACUAAUACGUCACACUGAUACACUUUAGUUUUUCCGUUAAUUUUUAAUUAAUUUUUUUUUGUUUGGUUUCCUUGAGGAUUUCUUCGUUAUCCUUUGCUUAUUGAUACCCCGAGGAUGAAACUGUUGCAGCAAAAGUCGUCCAGGAUCUUGAAGAUCUCUUCGGCUCACUCCAAGUCCGUUUCAAUGAUGAACUUCGAGGAACGCUUUCGGGAUAGUAUCGACCCGGCGCAAAUAAAUCUGAUGCUCGAUCUUGACGAUGGCUUCUUUGCCGACUCCUACCAGCUUGUCCAGAGUCUCAGCGACCGCAGCCCCUUUCUGGCGGCCAAGUUCAAGUUGUAUGUGGACAUCCUCUCCAGACUUCACGGCCACUAUUGCAAUGAGGUGGACCAAGGAAAGGCACUGCAGCUGAAGGUGAAAACGGCGGACGAGAAGCUAAAACUGGCCCUGAAGACCACGGCCACCUCGGAGGCGAUGAUGGAGAGCCUGCGCGAGUCCUUGGAGGAGUCCUGGCGAAACGAGGACGCCACCAAGAGUCGAGGGGAGGCCAUGCAGAUGCAACUGAUGUCGCUGGUCCAAACCGAUCAACCCACUUCAAACAGGACAGUGAACGAUGCACCGAUAACCAAUGCCAAGGAGGCCCACAUCCAGCGCUUGGUUUUCCGGGAGCGGGACCGCCUGGCCGCCGAGCUGAAGGACUACCAGAAGCGCCUGCAAACGAAUCGCCUUUACUCCGAAUCGCUGGAGGGGAUGCUAGACGUAUCCAAGGAGAUGAUCAGCAAGCUAAAUUCUCGGGUGAAGCAAAUUGAAAGUGAGAACUUUCGACUGGAGCACAAACUUAAUGUGGAUCAGGAUAAGUACGAGGAUCGGCUGUUGCAUCUUAACAAGGAGCUGGCUCAUGUAGUGCAACAAAACCAGGAGCUCCAGGUGGUCGACAAUACGUUGGCAGAGCUGGUGACCUCCAAUGAUGCACUGAAGCUGCGCAACGAUCGUCUCCAGCGGGAUAACUAUAAUUACGCGAAGUCCCUUCGCCUGCUGGAGGAUGACAAGCAGAAGCUAUCCAUAAACCUCAAGGCGGCCGAGGGAUUCAAAGAUGCCCAGAGGCGAAAUAUCGCCGAUCUUGACUUGUCCCGCCGCGCAGCUGAGCGGGAUGCCAAAAAGAAGGCCGACGAAUCGCUGAUCAUGGAGCGACGAUUCCACCAGCUGUCCAAAAAGAACGCAGAGCUUAAUGAUCAGGCUCUGGUUAAUCAAAACGAGAUUAAGGUUCAGGAGAAGACGAUAAUGGUAGCCACUGCCAAGCUGGACGAGGCCAUACGCCAAAAGGACGAAAUCGGUCGAUCCCGGGACAAGCUGAGAGUCGAGAUCAGCCGUCUGAACGACACGGUGGCUGGAGUGCGUCACGAAAUCGCUACUAUUCGCCACCAGAUGCAGGAUCUGCAGAACGACCUUCAUCGGGCCAACAAGCAGCUGGACGAUAAGGACGUGCAGGUACAGAAAAUAGCCCGUGAAAAGAAGGAGCUGAGCGUGGAGCUCAAUGACGCCUACAAGAAGAUAGACGGCAUCGAAGAGAUACUUGCCCUGAAGUCCGAGCGAUUGGAGGCCCUUCAGGUGGAAGUGCAGCAAAAGCAGGUGGACUUCGCGAACGUCAAGAAGCAAAUGGAGAUCAUCCACUCGGAGAAGGUUAUGCUGAUGAAAACAAUGGACAUGUGCUCGAGGGACCGCUCCGUGCUACAGAACAAUGCGACCAAGCUGACGCACCAGCUCAACCAGAUGACCAGUGCGCUGUCCAUUAACGAGAAGGAGAUCUCCACUCUGGGCAACCAGAUUGAGCAGCUCAACCGUACCGUCAAGCAGAAGCAGAACGAGAUCCAUUCCAAGGGUCGGCUCCUGACCAGCACACGGUCCGAUCUCCGGGAGAUGAAGAUCCGGGUGGAGCAGGCUCAGCACACCAUUGACACCGAUGAGAAGCGCUUCAAGAGCAUGGCCUGUGCCCUCGAGGAGGUCACCAAAGAAAAGAGUCUGGUGGGCCUGCAAAUGGUCAGGAGGAAUGAUGAAGUGCGCCUGCUAAGGGAGAAACUGGAAAUGAUGCAGAAGGCCAUCGAUCGGGGAACCAUGCAGUACAACCAGAGAAUCGAGGACAUCCGAUUGCUCAAACUGGAGGUGGUCAAUCUGCGAUCAUCGCACGAGUGCAUGCAGCGUGAGGUGGGCAACAAGGCGGCCAUGCGCCAUGAUGUGGUCCGACUGGAGCGGCAGCUCAACCGGGAGAGGCUCAGGGUAACCGCCUACUCGGAGGAGCUGGCCCGCCCCUGUCGCAUCCACCGCUGGCGAGUCCUGCUCGGAAAGGAUCCGCGGCGUUUCGAGUUGAUACGCAAGAAUCAGCAUCUUCUGAAGCGUAACAUUCGCAUAUCCGUGGAACGGGAUAAUAAGGCCAAGGAACUGGCGGAUUUUAUGCGCGUGCACGAGGAAUUCAAGCGACAGAUUAAGCAUCUGCCCGAUCCCAGUGUGCUCCAGAAGCUCUGCGCCCAGCAGCGCAUAAAUCGCCGCCAGACCCGUCAGAUAAAGGCAAUGAAAGCCGAACUUAGGAUCAAUGAUAUCGAUCUGAAGGCGAGGGAACGCCUGAUAGAGGGUUUCCAGGAACAGCUACGCCUGCAUCAUCAGAAGAAUCCGGAGUCCGCUAUUUGUAUGGAAGAUUUUAAGGUUCCCACUGCUAAGACGAUGGACAAUAAAUACGUGGAUCAUGUAUUCGACUUUACGUCCACCUGCGAAGAUAAACCUGAAUCAAAUGAGGGAUUUAGAUUACAUAUAAAAGGUUCCAGGUCCACUAUCGGUGGGGUAUCUUUUACACUUUGAAACAAUUUAAAAUAAAUCAUUUCUAUAAAA